AUGAGGAUGGACGUAUUUCGGUGGCUUCCGGGGGCCUGUGGAAGCCUCGGCCCAGCACUGAUUCCUCCUGCUCACAUCGCCGUGCUGUGGUACUUCUGGCAGAACUAUUCGCGCUUUGUCGACAAGCGAUUUUGCUCCUGCUCCUGCUGGGACACCGUUUUCAAGGGUACGUACGAGUCUGGGAUCGCUUCAUACAAGCACAUGUACUUUAAUGCGACACAAAACACGAUGAAAAUGUGGCUGCUGAUUGUCGUUGGCGUGAUCGCGCUGUACGAGUGCACCAAGCACCUGGUGCAGCUGUUGCUGCAAUGCAAGGUGCGCUACACGAUGAUCGUCCUGUUUUUGCUGUCGAUCUUCUCACACUACUACGCCUGGUGGGCCUAUCUGAAUUACUACAACGACGAAUACUACCACCAGUGGAACCAUCAGCUGUUUUUCACCAUCACCGAACUCAUAUCAACCAGCGUCGUGCUGCAUCUGGCGAACGUGGAAAAUCAAGUCACCGCCCGGAAAACGCUCAGCAUCGUUGGCAUCGCGCUGCUGCACAUCCUCGCCAGCGGUGUCGAUCAGUUCAUAUCAAACGUGUUUCGCGGCGAAGGCUACCCACACCAGGUCGUGCGAGAUCUCGGCUUCAUGAUACCGGACGUGAUGCAUUUGCUGUUACCACUCUGGCUGCUGCGGCAAACGCGCCUCGAAAGCUUCAGCACGCGACCGUUCUAUCGCGAUCGUAACCUGCGCCGGGACGUUGUGCUGAUGUUUUUCGUCGUCACAGUAUUAUUCACCAUCUGUUCGUUCCUCUAG